UCACUAAUUCUUUUUUUCCUUAAAAGUAUGUAGCAGCAACACAAACAUACUAACCUCUUGAUCAAAUAAAACUUUCUUCUUCCAUCUCCAAAAGUCUCCCUUGUGCCAAUCAAGAUAUUGAAUUAGCAAGUCGGGUCAACUUUUAUCAUAUGCCAAUGGCUAUAAGUGCUAGAGUUUCGAAAAGGCUUGGUUUUGUUUUGCGGUUUUGUGAAUGUUUAGUGUGUUUGGUUUCUUUCUCUGUUAUGGUUGCCGAUAAGAACCGUGGUUGGGCUCUUGAUUCCUUUCAUCAUUACGUCGAGUUCAGGUAUGCAAUGAUUAUAAAUAUAAUAGGGUUUGCUUACUCAGGUGUGCAAGGACUUGAUUUGCUUCAUCAGUUGACUAAGGGAAAGGAUGUUGUUGGUAUGACUAGAGUUCGAUGUUUCUUUGAUUUUUCUAUUGAUCAGGUGAUGGCAUACCUUCUGGUCUCUGCGUCGUCAUCAGCUUUUACACGAGUGGAUGACUGGAUAUCCAACUGGGGCAAUGACCAAUUCCCUGCAAUGGCAAGUACAUCAGUUGUACUGUCUUUUGUUGCUUCACUUGCCUUUGCUUUUAGCUCUCUCAUUUCUGGCUAUUUACUUUGUACUCACACGCUUACUUAAAAAAAAAGAAAGAUUUUUUGACUUUUAAGCGUGGUAAAUUGUAUAAAAAUAUUAACUUUACC